GCUGAUUCUAGACUCUUCCUCGCCCAAGUGAUAAAAGUACAUACACUACACUACCCUCACAAUCUCUUUCUGACAAUCUCUCUAACUCUGCCACCUCGGACUUCUCAGUAUGUACCGCUUUGCUUCAAGCCUGGCUUCCAAAGCUCGGGUUGCCAGGAACUGUACCAAGCAGAUUGGUGGUAGGCUGAGUUGGAGCAGAAACUAUGCAGCCAAAGACAUUAAAUUCGGGGUGGAGGCCCGAGCCCUCAUGCUCAGUGGUGUCGAAGAGCUUGCGGAUGCUGUCAAAGUCACCAUGGGACCUAAGGGGCGUAAUGUGGUUAUUGAACAAAGCUUUGGGGCACCCAAAGUGACAAAAGAUGGUGUAACAGUUGCAAAAAGUAUAGAGUUCAAGGAUAAAGUCAAGAAUGUUGGUGCUAGCCUAGUGAAACAGGUUGCUAAUGCUACCAAUGAUGUAGCGGGUGAUGGUACAACACUUGCUACAAUCUUGACCAAGGCUAUUUAUACUGAAGGAUGCAAGUCAGUUGCUGCUGGGAUGAACGCAAUGGACCUGCGACGUGGUAUUACUUCGGCAGUUGAUUCUGUGGUAACAAACUUGAAGAGCAGAGCACGAAUGAUCAGCACUUCUGAAGAGAUAGCACAGGUUGGAACAAUAUCAGCGAAUGGAGAGAGAGAAAUUGGUGAGUUGAUUGCAAAGGCCAUGGAGAAGGUUGGAAAAGAGGGAGUAAUCACAAUCUCUGAUGGGAAAACAUUGUACAAUGAGUUGGAAGUUGUCGAGGGGAUGAAGCUGGACAGAGGCUACAUAUCCCCUUAUUUCAUCACCAACCAGAAAAAUCAGAAAUGUGAAUUGGAAGAUCCUCUAAUUCUAAUCCAUGAGAAGAAAAUCUCAAAUAUUAAUGCCGUGGUCAAAGUAUUGGAGUUGGCUGUGAAGAAGCAAAGGCCUUUGCUGAUUGUCGCAGAAGAUGUAGAGAGCGAUGCGCUGGCAACUCUUAUUCUAAAUAAGCUUCGUGCUGGUAUCAAGGUCUGUGCAAUCAAAGCCCCUGGUUUUGGUGAAAAUAGGAAAGCCGGUCUCCAGGAUCUUGCCGUUCUUACUGGGGGUUCUGUUAUUACUGAAGAGCUUGGUCUGAAUCUUGACAAAGUGGAAUUGGAUAUGCUCGGAAGUUGCAAAAAGGUCACAGUUUCAAAAGAUGACACUGUAAUUCUUGAUGGUGCUGGUGACAAGAAGGCCAUUGACGAAAGAUCUGAACAGAUUAGGUCGGCAAUUGAAUUAAGCACUUCCGACUAUGACAAGGAAAAGUUACAGGAGAGACUCGCAAAGCUUUCUGGUGGUGUUGCCGUUUUGAAGAUUGGAGGAGCUAGUGAAGCGGAAGUUAGUGAGAAGAAGGAUAGGGUUACCGAUGCCUUAAAUGCCACUAAGGCUGCCGUUGAAGAGGGUAUAGUACCAGGUGGUGGUGUUGCUCUUCUUUAUGCAUCUAAAGAGUUGGAAAAGCUCCGAACUGUUAAUUUUGAUCAGAAGGUUGGAGUUCAGAUUAUUCAGAAUGCUCUAAAGGCACCUGUUCAUACAAUUGCUUCUAACGCGGGAGUUGAGGGAGCUGUUGUUGUUGGUAAGCUAUUGGAGCAAGAUAACGCUGAUCUUGGCUAUGAUGCAGCCAAAGGUGAAUAUGUUGAUAUGAUUAAAGCUGGAAUAAUUGAUCCAUUGAAAGUAAUUAGAACUGCUUUAGUGGAUGCUGCAAGUGUGUCAUCUUUGCUCACGACUACUGAAGCUGUUGUAGUUGAGCUUCCCAGUGAAAAGGAGACCCCGGCUAUGGGUGGCGGUAUGGGUGGUGGCAUGGGUGGAAUGGAUUACUGAGGGCCUCCCUUUCCCACUCAUUUCACAACCCACCCUUUGACUUCACAAAAUCCACUUGCAAGAUGAGCA